AUGGCUGACUCGCCCAGGGAGGGAAAACUGGCCAGGUCUCCGGACUUCAUCCAGCUGAUCGACAUGGCGUCUGAGUCUGUGGGAGGAAAGGUUUUGUUUGCAACAGACGACUUUUUUGCUCCUGCAGAAAACCUUCUAAAGAGGGACAGCCCACGCUUCGAAGAGAAAAAAUAUACCGAGUUCGGCAAGUGGGUGGAUGGAUGGGAGACCAGAAGAAAAAGGAUUCCAGGUCACGACUGGUGCAUCAUCAAGCUGGGGAUACAGGGCAUGAUCCGGGGCUUCGAUGUGGACACUUCUUUCCUCAUGGGAGACUAUGCUCCUCGAGUUUCAAUUCAAGCUGCAAACGUGGGAGAAGAGGACAAAGAACCGAAAAUCGCAGAAAGAGGAGUCAGGAUGGGACUGGCCGCCACCCCGGAGGAGUUUGAAGCUAUUGCUGAGCUGAAGUCCAGCGCCUGGGAUUUCUUGGUUCCCAUGACGGAGCUGAGACCCGGGAAGCCUGCCUCCAGCCACAAUUAUUUCCUGGUUAAUUCCCAGCAGACAUGGACUCACCUGAGACUCAACAUUUUCCCAGAUGGUGGAGUCGCACGUCUCAGGGUUUACGGCAUUGGACACAAAGACUGGGCUGCUACCGAUCCCACGGAACCGAUAGACCUGGUGGCCAUGGCUUGCGGGGGUGCCUGUGUAGGAUUUAGUAACGCGCAUUUUGGGCACCCCAACAAAAUGAUAGGAGCCGACCUGCCCAAGUCCGCGGCCGACGGCUGGGUGACGGCCAGGAGGCCCGACAGGCCGCCGGUGCUGGAGAGCGGGGAGGACGGCGAGCUGCUUGUUCCCGGCGGCGAGUGGGCCGUUUUCCGACUGGCACAUCCUGGGGUGAUAACUCAGAUCGAAGUCGACACAACGCACUUUAAAGGCAACUCUCCGGCCAGCUGCACCUUGGAUGGCUGCAUCCUGACGACCCACGAGGAAGACGACAUGAUCAGGCAAAAGUGGGACCUUCCCAGCCACAGGUGGAAAUCGCUGCUCCCAGUCACGAAGCUGUCUCCCGACCAGAGCCAGGUGUUCGACAGCCUCACCCCAGAGCUCCAGGACGUGGUCACCCACGCGAGGCUCACCAUCUGCCCCGACGGGGGCAUCGGCCGCCUGCGCCUCAAGGGCUUCCCCAGCUCCAUCUGCCUCCUUCGGCCCCGGGACAGGCCCAUGAUGAGGUUCUCCGUGAAGGCCGGGUUCAGGUCCAGCCUUUGA